AUGGCGGAUACGGAUACGCUCAUGAAUUUCGACGAUGACACGAUCAACGAAUUCCUGAACUCACCUACCGCCAACAACCUCACUGCCGUCCUUAGUGGUGCCCCUUACGACGGUCCUGCCGUAAACUCUGGGGCCGCGUCCACUGGAAUCGAUACCGGCUCUCCCGCCAACGCCUUCCAUGGGCCUGGCGCACCCAACAUCGAUCAACCUGCCCCCGAGCUCCCUACACCCGUCGCGGCCACCACCGUGUUCCCGGUACCCACCGAUCACCCGUCGAUCGCUACCUCCGACGCGAGCUCCGUUGCUAUCAUCAAUGAGGAUCCCUCAACCCUCGACCCUUCAUUUACCCCCGUCGACGACUUCCUCGCUCUCGGGUACUUCAUCUUUAUGAAGAAGUCGGCUCGCCAGUUCAUCCUGCGCUCCCCGGAUGGAAACGGCGGCUUCGUCCUCGAAGUAAUCGCGCACAGCACGCUCAACCGCUUCCUCUCCUUCGAUGAGAAAAUCCGGUCGCACGCCGUCCCCGCUUCCGCCGAGCUGCCUGACGGCUACUACGACUUCGUCACGAAGUUCAACAACCUCGUGCCAAAGAGAAAGGCAUGCUUUUCGACGUACAUCCCGGGAGACGUCAACGGCACGCGCUACUACAUCCAUGGCCCCUCCCCUCGCGCCAUCUUCUUCUCCCCGGAAAUCCGCGCCGUGUUCGGUCAGCAGCGCCGCAACCAGCAGCGCUCCAACCGCGCCAACUCGCACCCUCAUCCUCGUUCAGGAACCUCGGGCCCGGGCAAUCAUCCCAUCCGCAAGAACCGCCCCGCACGCGGCAACUACAUGGGUGCCGAUAGACGCGACCGGAACGCACCGGCGAUGUCCGACGCCCAGCUGCGCGAACGCAUACUGUUGGAGGCUGUCCGCGAAACCAUGAAUGCACAAUCUGGAUCUCGAUUCUAA